GCCGCGGACGGGCAGGGAGCAGACGGAUACCGCCGUCUUCCCGGGAACACUAACCCACAGUGAGAGAGAGACAGUCCGGCAGCCGGAGCGGGGAUUUACCUGACACUGCUUACGGACCUUUUACGGACCUUUUUAUUUUUUUUAUUUUUUCCUCUCCAAUUCACCUAGGGGGUAUUAGGGCAAGUGUGGCGGGACUGGAGGAACUGGGAGACUCUUUCUAAACUGUGUCUGAUCUCGGGACCUCCCUGCUCUUCUUGUCUUCAACAUCUUUUGCCGAAAUGCAGACGUCCUGGAAACCCUGGUGAGAAAUGGUGUCACUCUAUGAAUGUGUGAGGUGGUAGCCAAUCAGCAGCAGCCUCAGGACCAACAGUCAGACCAUGGACCUUAGAUUCAGACGGCUGUCGCCUCUCGCCGGGGGAGCUCUUCAUCUGGUGCUGCUGGCCGGACUGGUGCUGCCGUCUCACACAGAGAGCAUGCCCAGCUUCAUCAAGUCCCCCGACGAUCAGACAGGGAUUUCGGGAGGAGUGGCAUCGUUCGUAUGCCAGGCAGUGGGGGAGCCCAAACCUCGCAUCACCUGGAUGAAGAAGGGGAAGAAAGUCAGCUCCCAGCGCUUUGAGGUGAUUGAGUUUGACGACGGCUCGGGCUCGGUGCUGCGUAUCCAGCCUCUGAGGACCCACCGCGACGAGGCCAUCUAUGAGUGCACGGCCACCAACAGCGUGGGAGAGAUCAACACCAGCGCCAAGCUCACCGUGUUAGAGGAGGACCAGAUCCCCCAUGGUUUCCCCACCAUAGACAUGGGGCCCCAGCUGAAGGUUGUGGAGAGAACGCGCACUGCUACGAUGCUGUGCGCAGCCAGCGGCAACCCUGACCCAGAGAUCUACUGGUUCAAAGACUUCCUGCCUGUUGACAUCAGCAGCAGCAACGGGCGCAUAAAACAACUGCGAUCAGGUGGUACGCCAAUCAGAGGAGCGCUUCAGAUUGAAAACAGCGAGGAGUCGGACCAGGGCAAAUACGAGUGUGUGGCAGUCAACAGCGCAGGGACUCGCUACUCUGCUCCGGCGAACCUUUACGUCCGAGAUCAACGGGAAGUUCGCCGUGUGCCUCCCCGUUUCUCCAUCCCCCCCACCAAUCACGAGGUGAUGCCCGGCGGCAGCGUCAACCUGACCUGCGUCGCGGUUGGCGCUCCCAUGCCUUACGUCAAGUGGAUGAGCGGCGAGGUGGAGCUGACCCGGGAGGAGGAGAUGCCUAUUGGCCGCAACGUCCUGGAGCUCACCAACAUCCGGCAGUCUGGCAACUACACCUGUGUGGCCAUAUCGUCCCUGGGCGUGAUCGAGACCACGGCCCAGAUCACUGUCAAAGCUCUGCCCAAGCCACCCACUUCCCUCACUGUGACAGAAACCACGGCCACCAGUGUCACUCUUACCUGGGACUCUGGCAACCCAGAACCAGUAUCCUACUAUGUGAUCCAGUACCGGGCCAAACUGUCUGACAACGGCUUCCAGGAAGUAGACGGUGUAGCCACAACCCGAUACAGCAUUGGCGGCCUCAGCCCCUUCUCAGAAUAUGAGUUUCGUGUCAUGGCCGUCAACAACGUGGGCAGGGGGCCUCCCAGCAGUAUUGUAGACACCCGAACAAGUGAGCAAGCCCCCUCAUCACCGCCUCUUCACAUCCAGGCGCGGAUGCUGAGCUCCAGCACCAUGCUGGUCCAGUGGGAGCCUCCGGAGGAGCCCAACGGCCAAAUCCGGGGCUACCGGGUCUACUACAGCUCGGAACAUGACGCCCCGCUCAGCGCCUGGCAGAAACACAACACAGAUGACAGCCAGCUCACCACCAUCUCAGGCCUGACCACAGAUAUCACCUACAGCCUCAGGGUACUGGGCUUUACCUCUGUGGGGGACGGGCCGCCUUCUGAUGUGCUGCAGAUCAAGACCCAGCAGGGAGUUCCAGCUCAGCCGUCUGGUUUUGAGGCCGAGGCCGAGCUGGACUCACGCAUCAUGCUGUCCUGGCUUUGGCCUGUCCAGGACCCCAUCAUUAGCUUUGAACUGCUCUACUGGGAGGACAACAAUCCUACAGACAAGCAUCAUGAGACGUUCGACCCAGCGGGCUCCCAUGCAGUUGAUGGUCUAAAGCCAGACACACUCUACAUGUUUUCCCUGGCAGCAAGAUCAGAGAUGGGUUUAGGAGUCUUUACUCAGCCUAUUGAGGCCAGGACGGCCCAGUCCACCCCCUCGGCCCCUCCCCAGGAGGUACACUUGCUCAGCCUCAGCUCCACCAGCAUCAAGGUGAGUUGGGUGGCACCGCCCACAGACAGCCGCCACGGGGAGCUAGUGCGCUACUCCCUUGCCUACCAAGCACUCACAGGGGAGGACGUGAAGCGCCACCAGGUGUCAGGAAUCGGUGCUGAUGUCACCAGCUACGUGCUGGACGACCUGCAGAAGUGGACUGAGUAUUUGGUGUGGGUGAGGGCUCACACUGACGUCGGGCCUGGCCCGGAGAGCUCCGCAGCCCGCAUCAGAACCAAGGAAGACGUGCCUGGAGCUCCACCCAGGAAAGUGGAGGUAGACGCCCUCAACUCCACUGCCCUCCGGGUGAGCUGGAAGCCCCCCCUGUCUGUGAAGCAGCAUGGCCAGAUUCGAGGCUACCAGCUGGUCUACUCCCGGCUGGAAAACGGGGAGCCUCACGGCCAGCCGGUCAUCAUUGACGUUUCCUUUCCUGAAGCCCAGGAGACCAUAGUAACAGGUCUGCUCCCAGAGACAACCUACUCUGUGACUGUGGCUGCGUACACCACCAAGGGCGAUGGAGCUCGCAGCAAGGCCAAGGUGGUCACCACCACAGGAGCAGUGCCUGGCAAGCCCACUAUGAUGAUCAGCACCACCAUAGGGAACACCGCCCUGAUCCAGUGGCAGCCACCAAAGGAGAUGGUGGGGGAGCAUGUGGGAUACCAGCUGCAGUACAAGAGAGCAGAGGAGGAAGCUUUCACCAUCAAAGACUUCAGAAAGUCAGACGAUCACUUCACGGUCACCGGCCUCCACAAGGGAGCCACCUACAUCUUCAAACUGUGCGGCAAAAACCGAGCCGGCAACGGGGAGGAAUAUGUGAAGGAGAUCAGCACCCCUGAGGACAUUCCAAGCAGCUACCCCCAGAAUCUGAGCGUGGUAGGUCUGACCGCCACAUCCACCAAGCUGGCCUGGGAGCCCCCGCCGCUGGCCGAGAGGAACGGGAAGAUUGUCAAGUACGUGGUGGUGUAUCGAGAUAUCAACAGCCAACACAACAACACCAACAGUACCGCGGAAACACAAAUGACCGUCCAAGGUUUGCAGCCAGACACAACCUACGACAUCAGAGUCCAAGCUUUCACCAGCAAGGGGGGAGGACCGAUCAGCCCCAGCAUUCAGAGUCGGACCAUGUCCACGUCCAUGCCAGACCUUCCCUCAGUGUUCACCAAGAACUUUGGUGUGAAGGCUGUGAUGAAAACCUCUGUCCUGCUGACCUGGGAAGUGCCAGAAACUUACAAAUCCCAAGUGCCUCUCAAGAUCCUUUACAACCAGCAGAGUGUGGAAGUCCAAGGCAACCUGAAGAGGAAGCUGAUCACACAGCUGCAGCCGGACACGGAUUAUUCCUUUGUGCUAAUGAGCCGGGGAAACAGUGCUGGCGGCCUCCAGCAGCAGGUUUCCAUCCGAACAGCUCCGGAUCUGCUGAAAAUGAAACCGGCUCCAUACCAACACGAUGUGGAGGAGGGGGGUAGAGUGACCAUCAGUCUGUCCAGGCCGCCUGCUGAAGCCCACGUCAGGUGGUACUACAUAGUGGUUGUCCCUCUCACCCCGGUUUCUCUGAGAAGAUGGGAGAACCCUGAAGACAUGGACAUACAUGAGCUCCUGGAGCCUGGUGCCGACAGCAGUCUGCAGAGAGAGAAGAGACAGAGCCAGGACGUCCUGCAGCCCUACAUCGCUGCCAGGUUGGACGCUCUGCCCGAGAUCUUCACACUGGGUGAUGAGAAGAAAUACAACGGCUACUACAACAAACCCCUCCCGGGCCAGAAGCAGUACCGCUGCUUUGUUCUGGCAGACCUGAUGGACCACGAGUCUCAGAGGACGUUUGCAGCCAGCCCGUUCUCUGAGCCCAUCAUGGUGAAGCUCCACAGCGGGGUGGCCCGACAAACCGAGGACUCCGAGAUGCUGUGGGUGAUGGGUCCCGUGCUGGCGGUCAUUCUCAUCAUCAUCAUAGUCAUUGCUAUUCUACUCUUCAAGAGCAAACAAGAAAGGAAACGAACAUCUCCAGCCAAGGAUGAGCACAUGGCGGGGGUCAAGGACUCACUGCUGGCCCACUCCUCAGACCCUGUGGAGAUGAGGAGACUCAACUAUCAGACGCAAGGUUCCAGUGGCCUCAGUUGCCCGAAUACUCCAAGGAUGAGGGAACAUCCUCCCAUCGCUGUCUGUGACCUGGCGGACUACAUAGAGAGACUCAAGGCCAAUGACGGUCUGCGCUUCUCUCAGGAGUACGAGUCUAUUGAUCCAGGACAGCAGUUCACCUGGGAGCACUCCAACCUUGAAGUCAACAAGCCAAAGAACCGCUAUGCAAAUGUUAUUGCCUACGACCACUCCAGGGUCAUCCUCACACCUGUGGAUGGAGUUCCAGGUAGCGACUACAUCAACGCCAACUACAUUGAUGGCUACAGGAAGCAGAAUGCUUACAUUGCCACACAGGGGCCGCUGCCAGAGACGCUGAGUGACUUCUGGAGGAUGGUGUGGGAGCAGAGGACCUGCACCAUCAUUAUGAUGACCCGUCUGGAGGAGAAGUCACGGGUGAAAUGUGACCAGUACUGGCCCAGUCGAGGCACAGAGACAUAUGGGAUGAUCCAGGUGACCAUGCUGGACACUGUGGAGCUGGCUACGUACAGUAUACGCACAUUCGCCCUCUAUAAGAAUGGCUCGAGUGAGAAGAGAGAGGUUCGACAGUUCCAGUUUAUGGCCUGGCCUGACCAUGGAGUGCCUGAGUAUCCCACCCCAACACUGGCCUUUCUACGCAGAGUCAAGGCCUGUAAUCCUCCAGACGCUGGACCCAUGGUGGUCCACUGCAGUGCCGGUGUGGGCCGAACAGGCUGCCUCAUUGUGAUCGAAGCCAUGCUGGAGAGGAUGAAACACGAGAAGUCGGUGGACAUUUAUGGUCACGUGACAUGUAUGCGAGCUCAGAGGAACUACAUGGUGCAAACAGAGGAUCAGUACAUAUUCAUCCACGAGGCCCUGCUGGAAGCCGCAACAUGUGGCAACACAGAAGUCCCUGCCCGAAACCUGUACGCCCACAUCCAGAAGCUCACCCAGGUCCCUCCCGGAGAGAGCGUCACCGCCAUGGAACUGGAGUUUAAGAAACUGGCCAACUCUAAAGCACAUACCUCAAGAUUCAUCAGUGCCAACCUGCCGUGUAACAAAUUCAAGAACCGCCUGGUGAACAUCAUGCCUUUCGAGUCCACCCGUGUCUGCCUGCAGCCAAUCAGAGGGGUGGAGGGCUCCGACUACAUCAACGCCAGCUUCAUCGACGGAUACAGGCAGCAGAAAGCGUACAUGGCCACCCAGGGCCCGUUAGCCGAGACCACUGAGGACUUCUGGAGAAUGCUGUGGGAACACAACUCCACCAUUGUAGUCAUGCUCACCAAACUCCGCGAGAUGGGACGGGAAAAGUGCCAUCAGUACUGGCCUGCUGAGCGCUCCGCACGCUACCAGUACUUUGUUGUGGACCCCAUGGCUGAAUACAACAUGCCUCAGUACAUCCUGAGAGAGUUCAAAGUCACAGACGCCAGGGAUGGUCAGUCGAGGACCAUCAGGCAGUUUCAGUUCACUGACUGGCCAGAGCAAGGAGUGCCAAAAACUGGGGAGGGAUUCAUCGACUUCAUCGGCCAAGUCCAUAAAACUAAAGAGCAAUUCGGACAAGACGGACCAAUUACUGUGCACUGCAGUGCUGGUGUUGGGCGGACCGGUGUGUUCAUCACCCUGAGCAUCGUCUUGGAGAGGAUGAGAUACGAGGGAGCCGUGGACCUCUUCCACACCGUCAAGACUCUCCGAACUCAGAGGCCAGCCAUGGUGCAGACAGAGGACCAGUACCAACUUUGCUACCGGGCUGCUCUGGAGUACCUCGGAAGCUUUGAUCACUAUGCAACAUAACCCCACCCAGAAAGACACCCUCAGAAGAGUUGUGUGUCUCCUCUGAGCCACAUCUACUCCGCUCCAUCAGUCCCUGAGGCCUGAUGAGGAGG